UUCGUUUCCCGUCGCCGUUUCUCAUCUCCCCGUGAAGCUCUCCUUCUCUGAUUCUCCCUCACUUUCUCCUCUUUUUUCGAUUAAUCGAGUUUUCUCUUUUGUUUUUUGGUUAGAUUUCGAUCUCAGAUCCAGAAAGUUAGCUCCUUUUUGCAUUCGUUUAUCGAGGCUGAGAAGCUACCGAGGUGAGCUCGAACCUGGCGAUGGCAGAGGACAGUGAGAUGGAGUUCACGAAGUUGCUGGAUAAGCCGAAGCUUCACAUCGAGCGGCAGCGCUCGUUGGACGAGCUCUCGGUGGCCAACGGGACUCUCCGAGCUGUGGAUAGCUAUGAGAGCAUGUACCCACCCUCCGCCGCUCGGCGCUCGGCGCCUGGAACCCCGAUGUCGCCGGCUCCCAACGCGUUUGAGCCGCACUUCAUGGUCGCCGAUGCAUGGGAUGCGCUCCGGCGAUCGCUGGUUUUCUUUCGAGGUCAGCCUGUUGGAACCCUCGCUGCUUAUGAUCAUGCUUCCGAAGAGGCCUUGAAUUACGAUCAGGUGUUUGUUCGUGACUUUGUGCCAAGUGCUCUAGCUUUUCUAAUGAAUGGAGAGCCAGAUAUAGUGAAGAAUUUCCUGUUGAAAACCUUGCAUCUCCAAGGAUGGGAGAAAAAGAUUGAUCGGUUCAAACUUGGGGAAGGUGUCAUGCCAGCAAGUUUCAAGGUCAGGCAUGAUCCUAUCAAGAAGACAGAUCACCUUGUUGCGGACUUUGGGGAGAGUGCAAUUGGGAGAGUUGCUCCUGUUGAUUCUGGUUUCUGGUGGAUUAUUCUUCUUCGAGCUUACACGAAAUCUACGGGAGAUUUAUCACUGGCAGAGGCCCCUGAAUGUCAAAAGGGUAUGAGGCUUAUAUUAUCCCUGUGCUUGUCGGAGGGGUUUGACACUUUUCCAACUUUGCUAUGCGCGGAUGGAUGCUCAAUGAUAGACCGAAGAAUGGGUGUUUAUGGUUAUCCUAUUGAAAUUCAAGCCCUUUUCUUCAUGGCAUUGAGGUGUGCUUUCUUGAUGCUCAAGCAUGAUGCGGAAGGGAAUGAAUUUGUGGAGCGCAUAGUCAAGCGUUUGCAUGCCUUGAGUUAUCACAUGCGAAGUUACUUCUGGCUCGACUUUCAGCAACUCAACGAUAUAUAUCGCUACAAAACAGAGGAAUACUCUCACACAGCAGUUAACAAAUUCAAUGUCAUUCCUGAUUCCAUCCCAGAUUGGGUAUUUGACUUCAUGCCUACUCGUGGUGGCUAUUUCAUUGGUAACCUCAGUCCUGCUAUGAUGGACUUCCGGUGGUUUGCUCACGGAAAUUGCAUUGCUAUUUUAUCAUCUCUCGCCACCCCAGAUCAAUCUAUGGCCAUAAUGGAUCUCCUUGAAGCUCGAUGGGAAGAGCUGAUUGGCGAAAUGCCAUUAAAGAUCACUUAUCCCGCGAUCGAGAGCCAUGAAUGGCGAAUUGUCACAGGCUGUGAUCCUAAAAACACCAGAUGGAGUUACCACAAUGGAGGAUCUUGGCCUGUGCUUCUUUGGAUGCUCACUGCAGCAUGUAUCAAGACAGGCCGACCGCAAAUUGCUCGGCGGGCGAUUGAGCAAGCGGAGACAAGGCUAAUGAAAGAUAACUGGCCUGAAUACUAUGAUGGGAAGCUUGGAAAGUACAUUGGAAAACAAGCUAGGAAGUUCCAAACAUGGUCCAUUGCUGGUUAUUUGGUUGCUAAGAUGAUGUUGGAGGAUCCAUCCCAUUUGGGAAUGAUCUCUCUUGAGGAAGACAAAGCAAUGAAGCCAUUGAUGAAGAGGUCUACUUCAUGGACUGUGUAACAGCUCCACAUCUUGAAGGAAUUUUUAGCUAGUCUUUAUUUUUUCAUUCUCAUUUUCUUUUCUGUCAGCAUUGUUGUUGUUUUCAUUUUGUUGGGUUUUUUUUUUGUACAAUUGAGGCGAAUUAUGCUAGAAAUAAAUAUGAGAUUCUUGU